CAAGCAUACCCACGAGCUUCUCUCUCUCUCUCUCGAUCGAGCUCAGCUAAAGAAAGAGAGGAUACUCCAUUCUUCCUACUUUGGUUUAGCUUCCCUUGAGCUGCUCAAAAAAUUGGAUAACAAAUUCUCUUCGAAAAAACUUCAUUGUAACUUUCCUAACGUCAAUUACCCUCUUUAUUUGUUGCUGCCGCCAUUACUAUUAUUGUCGAGUGACGCACAGUGGGUUGAAGCCGAAGUAUGAAGAUCACACGUUGCAGCCAAAAAGUCAGUCACAUGAGAAAAAUCACAGAAGUUUUAGCUUGUUAGUGAUUCGCUCGCGGAAGCAAUGUAGAGCAGGUAAAUCGCAGCAUUGGGCAGAGAACACGGGCUACGACAUCUUUUUCGGCAUUAUACUUUUUGAUUCGGAAAUGAUUUCGGCGUUGCUGCCGGAGAUCGGAGAAGCAUUCUGUUCCUGUUAGGUGGUUUUUCGAGGGAGAAAGGGGACAUGGUGUGAAACUCAAUUGCUCGCUGUAUUUGAAUCCGGUUUUUGCCUGUGUCCUUGCUUUUGAAUUUUUGGUUCAAAGAACUGGGCAUUCCGUUGAAUUGGAUCACGAACAAUGGAGUCUCGGAUGGAUCAGUAUGAGAUCAUGGAGCAGAUCGGUCGUGGAGCUUUUGGAGCUGCUAUAUUAGUCAAUCACAAGGCUGAGAAAAAGAAAUACGUGUUGAAGAAAAUCAGACUUGCGCGACAGACUGAACGAUGCAGAAGAUCUGCUCAUCAAGAGAUGGCUCUCAUUGCCCGAAUCCAGCACCCUUACAUCGUGGAAUUUAAGGAGGCAUGGGUUGAGAAGGGUUGCUAUGUCUGCAUUGUCACUGGCUACUGUGAAGGCGGAGACAUGGCUGAAUUGAUGAAAAAAUCAAAUGGGGUUCACUUUCCUGAGGAGAAACUCUGUAAGUGGUUUACCCAGUUACUGUUAGCAGUGGAAUAUUUGCACGCUAACUUUGUUUUACAUCGAGACCUGAAGUGUUCCAACAUCUUUCUUACCAAGGAUCACGAUGUUCGCCUAGGGGAUUUUGGGCUAGCUAAGACCUUAAAAGCAGAUGAUCUGGCUUCUUCGGUGGUGGGAACUCCGAAUUACAUGUGUCCUGAAUUGCUUGCAGAUAUUCCUUACGGAUUUAAAUCUGAUAUUUGGUCGCUAGGGUGCUGUAUAUAUGAGAUGGCUGCUCAUCGCCCUGCUUUUAAAGCUUUCGAUAUGGCAGGAUUGAUAAGCAAGAUCAAUCGUUCCUCCAUUGGUCCUUUGCCUCCCUGUUAUUCCCCAUCUUUGAAAACGCUGAUAAAGGGCAUGCUGAGAAAAAGCCCUGAGCAUCGACCAACAGCAUCAGAGAUCUUAAAGCAUCCUUAUUUGCAAACUUAUGUUGAACAGUAUCGUCCAUCUUUCAGUCCUCCAACAUCCUGUUCUCCUGAAAAGCCUCUUCCUGUUACUGAUGAUCCUCGAAGAAAUAUGGCUGAAAGUCAAAACAGUUGCAGUUCAAGCAGCGACAAAGAUAGUUCAGUGUCAAAUGACAAAAUCAUUUCAACAGUGGUGCAGAAGUGCAAUAACAAAACCACUGAGACAGAUAUAACCUCCAUCGAUGAUGAGGAUGGCUCUGAGCAUAUCCCGCCUAGUGAAGAAGAUACUAGCUCCAGCACUAGUAAUGCCAAAGUAGAUUGCCAGGAGGUGAUGAAACCACCAUCUAAUGAACGUCAAUCAAUUGCUGAAUCUAAACAACCAAAAACAAUUAAAAACAUAAUGAUGGCACUAAAAGAGGGAAAGGUUAGAGAAAAUGGUUCUCCAAUGAGAGGCAACCGCAUUAAGGCUGUUGGUGCAUCAGCGCAGAAAACAAAUGCAGAUACACUGCCUAAAUUGCCCAAGUCCAGUGCUGUUGCUCCUGGUAUCAAGCCAAAUUUAGAGUCUCCAACUUUGACAUCGGCAAAGACAUCACCUGAUCCUUCCAGACGAAUGCCAAGGUCACAUCCUCUAAAGAAUCAGGCACUACUGAUGGUGGACUCUUCACCAAAAACUAAACCCAGACACGAUGGGACUCCCCCAUCUGGUCCUAUUAAACAAGUUGAAGGAGACGGAGUUUCUGCCAAGGCGAGGCAAGGGACCCCCCCUAGUUUACUGAGACAGCCUUCAUUUAGAGGAGGAAUGAGGCAGGUUGGGCUUGAUGUACGCAACGCAGCAAAUGAUACAGAGAAGUUAGGUCCAAAAAAAAUAUUGCAGGAGCCGGACAAGAGUCAUUAUAAGGUGCUCGAUGGUCAUACAACACGUGCUUCUAGAGAGCCUACAGAGCCUCAGAAGGCUUAUGAAAAAUGUUCCAAAGGAAUGCAGACAGAUAGCAGUAAUUCUGUUUCAUCUUCAGUGUCUAUUCAAGGAUGUGAGCUUUCUGAUGAUGCAACAAAUAUUAUUGACAUGAGAAAACAGAAGCCUUCUGAUCGUGGGAGUACAACACAUGCUGAAAUUAUGAAGUCACAUCCAGGCAAAAGUCAUUAUCAGUCACCCAAUGGUCAUACACCGCGGGCUUCUAGUGAGAUCAUUGAGCCUCAGAAGGCUUCUGAAAAAUGUUACAAAGGAAUGCAGGCAGAUAGCAGUAAUUCUGUUUCAUCUUCAGUUUCUAUUCAAGGAUUUGAACUUUCUGAUGAUGCAACAAAUUUUAUUGACACGACAGUACAGACGCCUUCUGAUCACGGGAAUGCAACACAUAUUGGAAUUAUAAAAUCACAUCCAGGCAGCAGCCCACCUGCAACCUAUUUGCACUGUGAGAUGGCUGAAACAAUAUCUACGGAAGCCUCUGAGCCCACUUUGAAUCUUCAGAAUACAAUUACUAACAAUGAGAAAGGAAGUUCCAGAUUAACUCCUGAUCACCAUGCUCCAGAUUCCAAGGAAAUAUUGGCUUCUGAAGAUAGUCUCCACAUCAAUCAGACAAGUACUUCGACUGCCACUUCAUGUGAUAAUAGAUCUACAAGUCCCUCUGUUGUGGCCGGCGAAGAAAUUAAAGAUCUUCAGGAUACUACUAAGCAAGUGACUUCAACCCAACCUCCUAAACCUCCUCAAUUGAGUGCUGGAGAAAAGUUUGUUUGUGGGGAGGUCGCUUCAUUAAGCAAGCCCGGUAAUAGGCCUGACACAGUAGUUGGCCAGCCAAAACCCCUGCUUGAGUCCACUGGUGAUGACAAGUUCACUGUAAGGGAAAGACUGGCAUCUGCGGCUGAAACUGCUCCACCAAUCACCUCUACCAAUGACCAAAAAAGCUUGCAAGAAGAUAAAGGAACCAUUUUGCAUAAGCCAGUGAUAGAAAGGCCAGCUGUUGGUAAUCUUCCUCCAGCUUUUGAUGAUGUCAUCCAUGUUAUACGACAUAGCAGUUACCGGGUUGGGAGUGAACAACCAGUAAAGGAACCUGGGGAGAUGGGAGUUCAAAACGUGGAUGUUAGUAAAUUUCUCAAUGCUGUCAGGGAUGAUUUAGAAAUGAGAAACGCGGGCACUUCUCUGACCCAUAAUUCCUCAAAUUGUUCUGAAGCUGCGAGCUUGAAGCCUAACAUUUCUGAUCAGUUAGACAUGAGAAGCAUGAGCACUGCUCCAGCUCCAAAACCCUCGAGUUGCUUUGAUGCUCUGUGCACGAAGCCAAGUGUCUCUGAUCAUUCCAGUGUCAAGGAACAAGACGUGAAAAAUCUUGUUUCUCUAGUUUCAAAAUCCGAUUCCCCUGCGUUGACUAAAUGUAACUCUUCAGUGACUGAAGAGGAAAGCCCGGCAAAGGAAACUUUGGAUGUUAAAUCAUUCAGGCAGAGAGCAGAUGCUCUUGAAGGGCUCUUGGAAUUGUCUGCAGAUUUACUGCAGCAAAAUAGAUUGGAGGAGCUUGCUGUUGUUCUGAAGCCCUUUGGGAAAGAUAUGGUAUCCCCAAGAGAGACAGCCAUUUGGUUGGCUAAAAGCUUAAAGGGAAUGAUGAGCGACGACAAUGGUGGACGUUGAUUAUGGGGUAUUUCAUCCGCGGUAAGGUUGCGUGUCCCUGAUGUUUAAAAUUGCUUCGCUGGCUCUGAGAUGUUUCAAGUACCACUUCAAUUUUUAAGAGAUUGAACAGACUCUGUUUUUUUCUUCCUAUCAUUUUUGUAAUUCUUUCAGCGUCGAUACCGUUGUAAAUAGUGACCAUACAAACUAAUAACAUCUACUUACCAAGUUACCAUCAAUUGUAUGGAUAUGAUGGGUGCUUUGUUAAAGUGAUUAGUGAAUAUGUAAUGAAUCUGUACACUGUUCUUCCCUCCUGAAAA